AUGCUACUGUUCAAAAGGUUCAAUUCCACUGCUGCUGCAAAGAAAUGGCUUGUUGAAUUGACACCUGCCAAAGUGCCCAAGAACGAGUUCAAGAUCUCAUUCAGUAGAUCUUCAGGCCCUGGAGGUCAAAAAGUUAACAAGACCAGUUCCAAAAGCACAAUCCAAUUGAACGAUAUAGAUCUUGCUAUAUGGAUUCCGAAAGAAGUUAAAGAUCAAUUGAAGGAAAAUAGAUUUAGAUAUUUGACCAAGAAUAAUGGAAUAGUGAUACAAAAUGAUACUCAAAGAUCAAGAGAAUUAAACACUGAUCUAUGCUUUGAGAAAUUAGUUUCAGAAAUCAAAAAUACUGUAUAUUUCGAAAGUGAAGCUAAUCCUGAAGAUGUAAAAAGAUGGGAAAAGAUAAGGAAGAAUACAAAUGAAAAACGACUUAAAGAGAAACAAAAAGCAUCACAAAAGAAACAACUACGCAAAAAAGAUUUCUUUUGA